AUCAAGCGGUAAAAAAGCAGGGCCUGUAUUUUGUUUACCUUGGUGAUUCUAAUUCCGCUUUAUAAAGUAAAUCUCGACGCUAACAUUUUCUUGAACUACAGUUAAAGUCAAGUCGUUCAUCAGUCAAGAGAACCAACAUUAAGUCAACCACAGAAUCAGAAGUCUUCUCCAGAACAAUACCCCCUUCAGGCUCCGCCAAUGAUGCAGCAAGGUCAGCCAAUGAUGCAGCAAGGUCAGCCAAUAAUGACGCAGCCAGGUCAGCCAAUGAUGCAGCAAGGUCAGCCAAUGAUGAUGCAGCAAGGUCAAUCAAUGAUGAUGCAGCAAGGUCAAGUGGCACCAAUGCAUUCCCAAACUACCAGCAAUACAAACGUGAUAAUGAUCAACCAGCAGCCUGUUACUGCCCGUGCUGCCCCACGAGAGUGGAGUACGGGAUUGUGUGGCUGCUUUGACGACUGUGGCACUUGUUGGUAUGCGAUUUUCUGUGGAAAAUAUUUGUUGUGUGACAUUUCUCAACGUCUAGGAGAGGGCAGAUGCUUCACCGUUUGUUGCCCGUUUCCUCUUCUUAGCCUCAGGAUAAAAUUCAGAGCUGAGCAAAACAUCAAAGGAUCGCUGUGCAAUGACUACUUGACGGUUGAAUACUGCUACUAUUGCGCCUUGUGUCAGCUGGCGAGGGAGAUUGACCACGUUCAACACAUACAAAGAGUCAAUUGAGGUUGUAAGCCACAUGGUAACUAAACGAUGUUCGCUAAUUUUCAGCAAUUUCGUUUACAGUCUAGCUUGAUAGUAGAGCAGUAAUACGUAAUGGAUUUUUGUCGUUUCUCUGCCAGUUAUAUAAUCAGCAUUUUAUUCUAUCUUAUUUUGAAACCGUUAAAAGAAACUACAAAGGUUUCUUAUAGCUUCUGAUGCCGUUCGGUGCAUGAGAAAUACGUCUAAACUUUGUAGACGUCUAACCAUGUGUAAUGAUAAUAAUAAUAACCUUUAUUUAUGUGUCAUAAAUAUCUAGCUUACAUUAAAGUAGGCUAAUAGGCCCUUUGCAGCUCAAUAAUCACGUGCUGAUUAAU